ACUUCUCAACACCACCUGGCCACGGGGAGAAACACUAAAAGAGAACUCCUGGGAAGGCUACUCUACCUAGAUAUACAGAGAUGACUUCCGUGCUCCAGCCCCGAGAAUGCAAAGUGACCAAAAAGCCCCAGAAGAUCUACGGAUUCUUCCUGCGCCUUGAGAGAGACACGGCAGGGCACAUCAUCCGCAACGUGGAACACAACAGCCCAGCUGAACAGGCUGGCUUGAAGGAUGGAGACAGAGUCCUCAGGGUCAAUGGUGUGUUUGUAGACAAGGAGGAACACACACAGGUGGUGGAGUUAAUCAAAAACAGCGGGAAUUCCGUUGUACUUCUCGUUCUGGAUGACACAUCCUAUCACAAGGCACAAAAGGAGGGAGUGAACUUGGAAGAGCUGGGUCAAAAGGCACAAACAGGACAGCAGCAGGAGCAGCCCCCACCAUCCACGGCCAACAGAGGAACCACUGCAGUUCCACAACCCCGGCUCUGCUACCUAGCGAAGGAGGAGAAAGGCUACGGCUUCUCCCUGAAAACCACAGAAGGACAGAAGGGGUUGUUCAUAGUGGAGCUUUCACCAGAAGGAGCAGCUGCAAAGGCUGGUGUCCAAAAUAACGAUCGCCUGAUUGAAAUCAAUGGGGAAAACGUGGAAAAUUACACCCACGAGGAAGUGGUGGAAAAGGUAAAGAAGUCUGAAAAUCAUGUUAUGUUUCUACUUUCAAAUGAAGAAACAGACUGCUAUUUCACAAGCCAGAAGAAGGUACUGAGCAAAGAGAGCGCCAGCCUAGGACUGCUUCCCCUCAGACCACGGCUCAUCGAGAUCCAGAAGGGGAAAAGCGGUUACGGAUUUUACCUACGGAUGGAACAAAACACUGGUGACCACGUCAUCAAGGACGUAAAUCCCGGGAGCCCGGCGGCCGCGGCGGGUCUCAAAGACGACGACAUCUUAGUGGCCGUCAACGGAGAGCAAGUGGAUGGUCUGGACCACGAGAGUGUAGUGGGAAAAAUCAAGCAGUCUGAGGCAAAAACCACACUGCUGGUCGUGGAUAAGGAAACUGAUGCCAUGUAUAAACUGGCCCAAAUUUCCCCCUUCUCAUACUACUACAAAGCACAAGAUUCAACUCCAGCUAAAGUGGAAGAAAGGGUGGAGUUGCACACCGAGCACAGAGUGAACCACAAGCCAAGAGUCUGCAAGAUGGUGAAAGGGCUGAGUGGAUUUGGCUUCAGCUUAAACAUGAUCAAGAACAAGCCUGGACUGUUCAUCAGUGAGGUAAAAAACCACGGGCCAGCUGACAGGGCAGGGGUAGAAAACGACGACUUCUUGGUGGAGGUGAACGGAGUGAACGUGAUCAGCGACCCCUACGACAAAGUGGUGGCAAGAAUCCAGAACAGUGGUGACAGACUAACACUGCUGGUGUGCAGCAAAGAUGCUUACAGGUACUUCCAGGGCCAGAACAUUCCCAUCACAGCCUCGAUGGCAGAGCCAGCCCAUGACACUCCCGAACCUCCUGCUUACACAGAAAACCAUCUGUCAGAGCCAGAGGGAAACUCACCUGAACCAAGGGAAAGGGCAGACUCAUCCUCCUCUUCACAAUCAGCUGCCUCCACAAGAGCUGCCAGUUACAACGAGGACGACACAAAGUUGUGAGGAGACAACAACAACAAAAAAGAAACCACCUGAAUCUUUCUUCAGUAAUUUUUUGCUACUACACCUCCCAGAACUUGGCUAUUCCAAGGAGUGCCGUGCCUGUAAAGGACUGCAGCCUCUUCCUGAAAUAAACACUUCGGUGUAACUUGCAUCCAUUUAACACCCUGCAAUUGUACUUCAUUGGCUUUCUGCCCUGUAAAGUGGGCAGUUACUCUACUCAGUGAUGAAAAGGCUCAAAUAACUACAAGGAUAUAAUUAAGGACUGCAGAAGAAGACGGAAACGUUUUAUAGAUUUGUAAGUAUCUCAGCCUUUUAAAGAUAAGCUCUUAAUAAAGAGCAACUGAUUUCUCCCCAGCUCCCAGGAGAGGCAGCUCUCCCCCUAAUCCAAGUCCAUCAACUCAAUCUCAGUGGCAACUCUUUGCUGUACUUGCAGCAAUACAACUGCUGUGAAGUGGCACAAGCCAAUGUACUCCGUGCAUUAUGCUCCUUUUUCCUGCUAACACUGCAGAAAUUCCUUUCAAACACUAAGCUCACUUUGUAAUUCAUAACUCAAGGUGGUUAAGCACUGUUCUCUCUCCUCUGCUGUGGAUCAUGGUGGUUAGAAGAGCACAACAUAAUUCAGUCGUGCAGGUUUGUCUAACCCCAAGUCAACACCACAUUGACCUGGAUGUGACACAAAUGGCUCUGUAACACUGCUGCUGUUAUACUUUGCUUCCUUGCUGUACACCAAAGACAAUACAGAAAUAAACUGUUUAGAGUGGUUA